AUGGCUGCAGCACCUCAUCUCAACUCGGACGCGCUCCGGGAGGUCCUGGAGUGCCCCAUCUGCAUGGAGUCCUUCACCGAGGAGCACCUGAGGCCCAAGCUCCUACACUGUGGGCACACCAUCUGCAAACAGUGCUUGGAGAAGCUCCUAGCAAACAGCAUUAACGGGAUACGGUGUCCCUUCUGCAGCAAGAUCACGCGGAUCACGAGCUUAGCUCAGCUGACUGACAAUCUCACUGUGCUGAAGAUCAUAGACACUGCUGGACUGGGCGACGUGGUGGGUCUUCUCAUGUGCAAGGUCUGUGCAAGAAGGUUGCCAAGGCACUUUUGCAAGAGCUGUAACUUGGUUUUAUGUGAGCCGUGCAAGGAGGCUUCACACAUGCCCCAAGGGCACAGAGUCAUCGCUAUCAAGGAGGCUGCUGAAGAGCGUAGGAGGGAAUUUGGGACGAGGCUUGCCAGGCUUCGGGAGCUCAUGGGUGAUCUUCAGAAAAGAAAAGCUGCUCUGGAGGGUGUUUCAAGAGACCUGCAGUCUAGAUACAAAGCAGUUCUGCAGGAGUACAGCAAAGAAGAGCGCAAGAUCCAGGAAGAACUAGCCAGGUCACGCAAGUUCUUCACCACCUCUUUGUCUGAAGUGGAGAAGAUAAACAACCAAGUAAUGGAGGAACAAGCCUAUCUGCUGAACUUAGCAGAAGUGCAGAUAAUGUCUCGCUGUGACUAUUUCCUUGCCAAAAUAAAGCAGGGGGAUAUAGCUCUCCUGGAGGAGGCAGCAGAUGAGGAAGAACCAGAACUGACAAACAGUCUCCCAAGGGAGCUAACUCUUCAAGAAGUGGAACUCCUUAAGGUGAGCCACGUGGGGCCACUGCAGAUUGGGCAAGUGGUGAAGAAACCCCGGACCGUUAACGUGGAGGAAUCGCUCAUGGAAACUGCAGCAUCCUCAUCGGCAUCGUUUAGGGAGCCAGACCUAGUGCAAGAAGAGCCCAGCUGCACACCCAACUCCUCCCCAGCCAAGCCAAGGAUGCCUGAAGCAGCCACGAGCAUCCAGCAGUGUCACUUCAUCAAGAAGAUGGGCUCCAAGGGCAGCCUGCCAGGGAUGUUCAACCUCCCCGUCAGCCUACACGUCACCUCGCAAGGGGAGGUGCUCGUGGCAGACCGCGGCAAUUUCCGAAUCCAGGUGUUUACCCGCAAGGGCUUUCUCAAGGAGAUUCGCCGGAGCCCUAGCGGAAUCGAUAGCUUUGUGUUGAGUUUCCUUGGAGCAGACUUGCCCAACUUGACUCCCCUUUCUGUCACCAUGAACUGCCAUGGCUUGAUUGGUGUGACAGACAGCUACGAUAACUCCGUCAAGGUCUACACCAUGGAUGGCCAUUGCGUGGCCUGUCACCGCAGCCAGCUCAGCAAGCCCUGGGGCAUCGCCGCGCUGCCCUCGGGGCAGUUUGUAGUGACCGACGUGGAAGGGGGAAAGCUCUGGUGUUUCACAGUGGACCGUGGCGUGGGGGUGGUGAAGUACAGUUGCCUGUGUAACGCGGUGCGUCCCAAGUUUGUCACCUGUGACGCUGAAGGGACCAUUUACUUCACUCAAGGGCUGGGCCUCAACCUGGAAAACCGGCAGUACGAACACCAUUUAGAAGGAGGUUUUUCCAUCGGUUCCGUCGGCCCCGACGGGCAGCUGGGACGCCAGAUUAGCCACUUCUUCUCGGAGAACGAGGAUUUCAGGUGCAUUGCUGGCAUGUGUGUGGAUGCCAGGGGAGACCUCAUCGUUGCUGACAGCAGCCGUAAGGAAAUCCUGCAUUUUCCUAAAGGAGGUGGCUAUAACAUCUUAAUCCGGGAAGGACUCACCUGCCCGGUCGGUAUUGCUAUUACUCCCAAAGGGCAGCUCCUGGUGCUGGACUGUUGGGAUCAUUGCAUUAAGAUCUACAGUUACCAUCUGAGAAGAUAUUCCACCCCUUAA